AUCCGCGGGGUUUUAAAAAGUAUUAAAAAGUGAUAAAUCAAAAUUGUCAAAUUUAAGGCCAUUAAAAGUAUUAAAUGUGGUCUCAAAGGUAUUAUUUUUUCCAAAUUAGGUAUUAUUUUUUCAGACUAUCAGGUGUCCUAUUCUGAUUGAAAUUCUAUCUGCGUUCGCGUUAGUUCGUUUAAAUAUGGGCUUUAGCAUAUCUGGGGACAUGAUCAAAGAUCUUUCGUCUCCGUCUCAACUUAUGUUUGAUGCUGACGUCAUAUUCAGUGGUCGUUCGGCAACAUCUCAGAACACAGAAGUGGCUGGCUUACGUUUUAUUUUAGACUUGCUUCAAGGCAUAUCUUCAACGACUGGACAACCAUCGUCGUCUUCAUGGGCAAAUGCAAGUUUUCUGGUAGCUGGGUGAACGACCCAGCGUUUAAGGACUGGCUCAGGCCUGUAGUAGGGAAUAACAGGCAGGCUUAUUGUUCGGUGUGUAAAAAAAACAUCAAUGUCAACUGGAUGGGAGCUAACGCUCUUCGGUCGCAUAUGCAAUCCACUAAACAUAAAAACGGAAUGCGUGCUCGGAGAGAGCAGUUAAUUCUACCAAUCUCAGCUGUCUGUGCGGCUGCACCUCCACCACCACCGCCGCAAAUUAGUGCCACUGUAGGCCUACUGGCCAACGCUACGGCUCCAGCAACGUCUGACCUCCGGGUGGCCAUGGGCGCCACACCAACACUGCGCGCGGAGGCUCUGUGGUGUCUGAACACUGCAGUUAAACACCACUCAUUGAACUCCAAUGAAGGAAUUUCGGAGCUGUUUAAAGAGAUGUUUCCCGACUCUGACAUCGCAAAAUCAUUCACGUGUGGUAAAGACAAAACCGGGUACAUCAUCAGAUUUGGAUUAGCAUCGUUCUUCAAAAAACAACUUGUUGAUGGCAUCAACAAGGCUGGGCCAUUCGUGUUGAUGUUUGAUGAGAGCCUCAAUCAGGCGUCAAAGAAAAAACAGCUUGACAUCCAUGUUCGAUACUGGGAGGAUGACCGUGUCCAAUCCAGAUACUUUGGAUCUCAGUUUUUGGGACAUGGAAGGGCAGAAGAUUUGUUGCAUCACAUAAAGGAAUGUGUCACACAAUUGAAUAUGAGGCAACUGCUAUCAGUUGGAAUGGAUGGCCCCAAUGUGAAUUUCAAGUUGGUGGAUCUACUCCAGAAAGAACAUGCAGAGCUCUAUGGAGGUGCCCAGGUUGUUACUGUUGGAAGCUGUGGACUUCACACUGUCCACAAUGCUUUAAAGGCAGGCUUUACUAUGUGGCAGUUGGAAAAACUUCUGCGAGCCAUGCACUUCCUCUUUCAUAAUGUUCCUGCCAGGAGAGAAGAUUUCACUAGCCUGACGGGGUCCUCCUGCUUUCCCUUACCAUUUUGUGGCCAUAGAUGGGUGGAAAACGUUCCUGUGGCGGAAAGGGCAGUUGAAGUUUGGCCAGUGCUGAAGACGUAUGUGGAUGCUGCAGAGAAAAAGAAGGUUCCAGUCCCCUGCACAGCUUCAUAUGACACCAUAGUAGCUGCACAAAAGGAUCCUUUCAUUAUUGCAAAACUCCAGUUUUUUCUGGCAAUUGCAAGAACUUUCAACCCCUUCUUGACAAAGUUCCAAACUGAUGAGCCAGUGUUGCCCUUCUUGGCAAAAGAUUUGACUGAGCUGCUGAUGAGUUUACUGAGGCGGUUCGUUCAACGAGAGCUCACCCAGGACCUCACACCCCUGCAGCUGAUCAAAAUAGAUCUAACAGAUGAAAAGAACUUGGUCUCCCCAAAGAGUGUAGACAUAGGCCUGGGAGCAGAAUCUGCUAUCAAGGUGAUGUAAUCAUUCAGCAGUUUACAUCAUUGCUGUCUCUUGAGGGCAGAGGUGAACAAUUCCGCUCUUUCCAGCCUUUCAAGCAACGUGUGGAUGUGUUUCUACACUUGACCCUCAGCCCAUCCUACAUGGACCUGUUGAGAUUCUGCCAGAGCGUUUUACUUCUUUCACAUGGACAAGCCACCGUGGAGAGGGGCUUCUCCAUUAACAAGGAGGUGGAAACCUGUAACCUUCUAGGUGAAUCCUUGGAGGCACUGAGGUUAAUCUGUGACAAUGUCAGUAGCUGUGGUGGUGUCCUCAAGGUGCCUUUAACCAAGAACCUGCUGGCUUCUGUGGCCUCAGCAAGGUCCCAGUACAGGCUCUACCUGGAGCAAGAGCGUAAAAAGAGGGAGAGUGAUGCUCAAACACAGAAAAGGAAGGCCGCAGAGGACGAACUACAGGAGCUCAAGCAGCAACGCAGAGUCCUGGACGAAAUCUGUGCCAUCCUUGAAAAUGAUGCCAACAAAUUGGCCGAGGAGGCAGAGGGGAAAGCUGGGUCAAAAAUGGCCCAGCUAAUCACCAAAUCAAACACACUUAGAAGGAGACACAAGGAGAAAAAAGAGGAACUGGUCAAAAUGGACAAAACUAUUGAGGAAAAGGCCAUGGAAUUAAGGCACUUGCCAUAGGAUUUUAUGCCCACAAGUUCAUAUUAGGCCUAUAGCACAAGUGCAAACAAUAGUUCACCAGUUCAUGUAGUGGAUGCCAGUUUGUGCAUCAGCAACAGUUCAUAGAAGAUGCCAGUUUGUGAAUCAGCAGCAGUUCAUAGAAGAUGCCAGUUUGUGAAUCAGCAACUUGCAGUGAAUGCCAGCCAGUGUGCUGGAACUAUCCAUUCUCUCCAUUGCACAUUUUAUGUAGUUUGUUUUAUUUUUAUUUACUAAGUGAAAUAAAUAUGUGCAAUAUGUUGUC